GAAAAAUGGAGGGAGAGUCAGCCGUUCACCAUCUUCCGCGUCCCGGCCUAUAUCCGCGAGAGCAACCGCACCGCCUACGAGCCGCGCAUGGUGUCCAUCGGACCCUACUACCAUGGCGGCGGCGCUCUCCGCGGCAUGGAGGAGUACAAGCGGCGGUACAUGAAGGACCUGCUCUCCCGUUUCUCCGGUGACGCCGACGGCAACGCGGACGACACCGCCGAAUCCACGUUACUGAAGAAGAUGCGAGGCCUGCAGGCCAGGGCGCUAGCGUGCUACAGCGAGUGCCCCGUGCCUCCGCCGCCGCCCGUGGGCAAGGCCGACGACUUCUUCGCUGAGAUGCUUCUGAUGGACGGCUGCUUCAUCCUCGAGUUCUUCUUCAAGUGGCACGAAAAGAACUCCGACACGCUCAGCGCCGUGACCUGGGUUCGCACGCUCGUCCUCUAUGACCUGCUCCUGAUCGAGAACCAGAUCCCGUUCUUCGUGCUCGAGGCGCUCUACGGCGCAAUCGCCGGCGAGCAGGGUAACAGGCAGCUCCUCCUCAACCUUCUCGUCGAGUAUAUCGAAGCGGAGAUCAAACCAAGCAGUGAGCCGUCCGCUGGCAUGAAGGUCAACCACCUGCUCCACCUGUACUACGGGUGUUUCGUGCCCAAGACGGCGAAGGACGGGGUAGUCGUAAUAACUAUCCCGUGGCCCCCCAACCCAAAGGAUGCCCCGGAGCCGAAAACACGGACGAUCCCGCGCGCCACCGAGCUUCUCGAGGCGGGGGUGACGUUCGUCCGGUGCGAGGUGGCACCGGACAGGUUUGACGUGACGUUCGACCGCCGCACGGGAGUAAUGAAGAUCCCCACCAUAGAGAUCGACGACAUGAAGCUGCCGCUCCUCAUCAACCUCAUCGCGUUCGAGCAGACGCUGUGCGGCGAGAAGCCGCGCCUCCUCACCAGCUACGUCGCGUUGAUGAGCAAGCUCAUCGUCACGGCGCGCGACGUCGAGCUGCUCCGCCGGCACCGCAUCGUGGAGAGCCUAUUGGCCGACGACGAGGAGGCGGCCCAGUUCUUCAGCCGCCUUGGCAAUGUCGGCACCAUGGACUACGAGCGCCAGGCUUUCUUCGACCUGUACAAGGACGUGCGCCAUUACUGCGACUCGAGCUGGCACCGCUACAGGGCGACGCUCCAUCGCGACUACUUCUCCAACCCGUGGUCAGCCAUCUCCGUCGUCGUCGCCGCGUUCCUCGUCGCCCUCACCAUAGCGCAAACUUAUUUCGCCGUGUACCCCUCCAAAAAUUGA